AUGCAUCAGCUCCGCCGAGUCAGUGCGCGCGUGCGGAUAUUGCGCGCCGCUCGAGCGUCACCCCGUCUUGCCGAGCCUCUCUUCACCACUCCAUACUCUAUCUGCACACCUUCGAGGAUUCUGGGAUCCUCACGCUUCUUUCAUGAAGAGAAAGCCGAACUUGACGUAUUGGAGUCUCCUUCAACCCUCCCGGUCACCACACCUGUCGAGACGACGGAGAGCGUGGAGGCAAACGUCAGUACAAACUCAAUCUCCGACCUACAUGACCUCAUCGUGAGUUCGGCCACGACGUACCAUACGGCGCUUAAGGCGUUUAACGAGCUGCGAUCCCGCGGUCAGAAGCUCAACGAAGCGCGAUAUUUGUCGCUGAUGUACAAAGCGUUGCGCGAGGGCCGCUACGAGCGCGUGUGGGAUGGCUAUGAGGAGUUCUCAGAGGACGAAAAGCAGAAGAAGGUGUGGACAAGAAUUCCCAGGGCCCGCACGACGUGGCCUACUCUUACUAAUGCGAGAAUGCAGAUGCACCGCUUCGUGCUCUGGGCCAUGCUGGACGCGGACCGCAAACAGGCCACGACGCCCUUCUACCAGAGCGAAGUGGUCGGCAAGCACAAUCUGUUGAGAAUCCAUGAGUCAGACCCGUUCAACUUCUUGUUGCGAAUGGAAUGUACGGUCAAAGUCACGGACGAACAGGAACACGGACUGCGACUUCGAGUAGAGACACUACUCAACACUAUGGAGCAGCUAGAGUUGCACUCAAGUUACUCGUCUACCCACGCGCUCGUUAGAUUAAUUUUUCAUCGCCCGGAAAUCUUCUUUAAGUCUUCAGCUAACGAAGAAGAAGAUACUGAAAAGGAUCCUGAGGCUGGUGUCCACACGCGAUAUACUGCUGAAAUGAUGGGGAGAAUGAUUAUUGGAUACAUGGGGCGAUUCCCGUGUGCGUUCGCACUGGAUCCAAAGCGGCUCUCGAUUGCGGUUAGUGCUGCUGCAGCCGCAGGUCAACAUGAUGCGGCCAAAUUGCUGCUUCAGUACGGAUCAACUCAGCGCGUGCCGAUUGAUGCUGGCUCGUUCGCACACGCUGUGGAGAGUGCUCCAGACGACGCUAGUCGACUGAAGGUCGCCGAUUUAUACAUGCACGCAAAGGAACACGGGCUCGUAUACAUAACGCAGGGAACAGACAGCAGUAUCGUCAAUUAUCUGCUGCAGCACGCCGUAUUGGAUGGCAACUUUAAGCACAUGAUGGAGCUUUUGCACGAGAUGCAGCUAUACAGCAACAAGGCCAGCAACCAAACAGUCCGUGACCUCUUCAAAAGUAUUGCACAGUACCGAGCAGAAAUCCAUCGAGAAGGCGACCAAAGUGAAGCUGGUAGGAGGAAACUCACCGAAUGUCCAACGAUUAUGGAGCUGUUCGAAAAGUUCCCGAACGUGAUUCCACGAACCGUACAUUCGUUCUCGCAAGGAAUUCUGCAGAGUUUGUAUGCCGGAGACCUGGCGGUGGCGCUUGAGAUCAUGCGUGCAGCUCUGUGGAAUAAGAAUGUGAAGCUGCGGCCGGAAAUCUACUCUCAGCUGCUGUAUCCUCUGCUUGCAGGUGGACAGCGAGGCGGAGACGAAUCCAGCGAUGCCAGUGUGUUUGACCGCUUAGAAGUCGAGCGGUGUUUUGAUCGCCAGCAUCCAAGUCAGCGCACGCACUUGAACUCACUAAUUGUGAAUAUCUGUCAGUCCAACGACGACUUUUCGACCAUGCUGGUGUGUUUGGACCGCUGGCAGGCACAAGGCCACGCGCCAAUGAGCCGACGAGUGAUGAAGCGCGUGUUUGAGGUGAUCUGGAAGCAAAUCCAGCAGCUUCAGAAGGAACGGGGCGUGAAUUUGCCUGGCACUGCGUUCAUCGUAGACGGGAUGGAACUAUCGUAUUGGGCCUUCCUCGAGCGCUACAGUAGAAUUGUGACUUGGGACGCGUGGACAAUAGAGUAUGCGAUCGUCCGUGCCCGCACAUGUGGUCUGCACGCUGACGUGGUUGCUCUAUUCGCAGAAGCUGAUUCACGCGGUCUGGUACUCAAUAGCACUGCAUUCACCAUAUCACUCUGCGUUCUAGAAGAGGUCGGUGAGCCCUCGGCAGUCGUGGCUUGCGCCGAGCGGAUGAAGGCGACUGAUGCGUGGGAAAAGGCCGUGAAGAAGGACUCGGAAGUGCUGGAGAUCUUAAGUCGAGCUUCGGCUAAGUUAGAGGAGCCCACAGUUCCAGGAGCUAUAGACCACUCCCACCAAUAG